AUGGUGAAGAGGAUCCUGGACGUCUUCCUCGUCAGCUCGACCCUAACCGGUGGGGUUGUCGCGCAAUGCGCAACAGCGAACGCCAGCCAGGUUGACUUAAGUUGGCAUGCACCGAAUGCAACCAGUAUCAAUGAUCUCAAGUCAGUCAUCAAUGGAACAGGUGUAUAUGGUUUCAUCUUCAACUCGUCAGAGACGCCCAUCACCUCUGGGUAUGAAAAGUACAACUGGUGCAACAUGCCACACGUCAGACGCCAGGAGUAUAUCAUGCCUCCGAGUGAGUUUAAGCUUGAAUUCGUCGAAGUGAUCCACCGACAUCACAAACGUACUCCAUAUGCGUCCAACACAUUCCCCCACGAGACGUACUCAUGGUCAUGCGAUGAUGCAGCACUGUUCUACUACGGCACGCCGCGUCCAGAUGGCACUUCCGCACAGAUAACUUGGCAGGUUACCACAUCGGACUCAAACCCGCUCGCACCAGAGGGCUUCAAUGGGACAUGCCAGUUCCCUCAAAUUUCCGGCCAAGGUUUGAACGAUUCACGCCAGCACGGCAAGGAUCUCUUCGGCGUCUAUCGCGAUCUCCUGAAUUUCAUCCCUGCAGAAUACGAUCCCAAGAAAGUGGGCUACCGCGUAACGAACAACGUCAUAACCUCACAAGUAAUCGGGCAAGUCAUUGAAGGGCAGUAUCCAAGUUUGACAAACUCGCCAAUCGGCGUCAGUAUUCAACCAAACUCAAUCGACUCCCUUGAACCGGCGUACGCAUGCGACGCCGCCGAUGACCUCCGUUCGUCAUACGGCGUUGGUAGCCACGCUGCAAAUUGGACACUUCAUUUGAACGAGUCGAAACCUCUGUUCGCCAAACUCGACUCCGUCUCCGGCGUGAAUGUCUCCAACAAGGACUGGCACAACUGGUUCGACCACUAUUUCGACAACCUGUCGGCAAGACUAUGUCAUCAGAAACCACUGCCUUGUGAAGCGGGGAAUGCAUCCAACUGCAUCACUCAGGAAGAUGCCGACGCCGUGUUCCGCCGCGGACAAUACGAGUAUAGUUUCAUCUAUCGAGAUGCGCCACAGUCGUUGGCAGCGAGUACUGCGGGGUUCGGGAUCUGGAUGGCGGAGCUGGCGAGUCAUCUUAGAAAUAUUGUGAAUGGGACCAACGACGGCGUCAUAUUUCGACAUAACGUCGCGCACGACGGGUCCAUCUCGAGAUUGCUGUCCAUCCUCCAGGUAGACGUGAUGGUGUGGCCUGGCAUGGGCAGUGAAGUGGUUUUUGAGCUGUACAGUCGCAGGGGAUGUUAUUUCUUGAGAGUCUUGUUUGGAGGACAGGUCCUCAGGAGUUCGAAUCCUAGCCUUGCGCGGUUGGAUCUCAUCCCUGUGCAAACUUUUCUGGCUUAUGUGGACGGUCUGGUUGGGGUCAAGGCGUCGAAGAUUCCUGGGUUGUGCAAGGAGUAA